AUGCAGGCCCCCAAAGUUAGCAAAAUGGAGCCACGGGUGGCCAAAAACUGGGUCGACAAGCGCGAUUACUCCUCAGACUCUUACAUAGCAGACGGGCUUGCAAGUAGGGGCAUCCCUAGCUAUGUAUCUCACGCAACCAUACUGAGCUGUCACUACCUUGCACCACUUUCUCCAAACUCGGAGAUAGUGAUCCGUGACAAAGACCUUCAAGCCGCAUUUAGGGCCCUUCGGGACGAUAGGUUCUUAGAUUGCAGGACUAAAAGAGCUUGUGAAGAGGAGUUCUCUAAGGGAAGCGGACCUAAGCCUGACGUCCACCUACACUACAGAGGGGGUAUAGGUCGCGUCGACCUUUACAAGCACUCGACACAUUUCAGGUUUUUACGUGAACCUGUUCUUGGAGAACUAGAAUCCCGCGAUAGAAACUACAUGCUUUUGUCAGACACGAGGGUCCCUCUCCUGGACAGACCAAAUUUCCAAUUUGCGCCUCUUAUUGAAACGCUGCCACAAUUCAAAGAUUCGCUGGGUCCACAGUGUGGUCGUCGAGUUAGAUUCUAUGGGGUGAAAGCUCCAUUGCUGGUUCGAGCGAUCUCGUCCUGCGGCUACCAGUUUUACCAGGCUGUCAAGUCCAUUUAUAAACUUGAUAAAGCUAUCGAUAACGCCAAAGAUAAUGGGAUCAAGCGCAGUUAUGAAUCGAAGCGCGCCGACUGUAUCAAGGACGCUUGGCUUUGGUUUGUUUACCUAAAUGCCAUAGUCUGGCUGUACCGUCACAAUCAGGAUGACCCCAGACGAGGGCAUACCUUAUCCUGGAACCAGAUAAUGAAGGAAGUUGAUCAGGAACUAGUACCUUGGCUGAACAAUUGGAAGGCUUUGUACCUGGUUACCGACAACAGAGACAAGGAAUCCCACAGGGCCAAGUUCGAGAAGUGCAUUGAGGAUGUGACGAGAGCUUUGAGGCCAAAAAGACGCAAAUAA